AUGGACAUGGACGAAUACCCACCCUACACGCCGAUGCCCUCCCUCAACCACGAGCUAGGGCUAAUGUUCGGCUUCCUCUCUCUCUUCAUAGUAGCUAUGGGUGCAUACAUAGCUCUCUGGCGCAUAUCCCAAACCCGUCUAUGCGCUCAAGACCUCGCCCGCCGCAGAGCCUACCACGAGAAAAACACCCCCCACGCACCCCUAGGAACAACAACCUCCGUAACAGCAGGUCUGCCUCCAAGUCCCGGCAAAGACUCAAAAUCCAAAGCAGAGGUGCAAGAAAAAAUGCUUGACCGUAUCGGUUUGCCUGAGAACCGUGCUGAGUUACCUGUCCAUGGGAUGGAGCUGUUUGGGGUUGGGAAGUGGAAUGCGAGAACACCGCAUAUCAGAUGUCCUUUUAGUCGGGCUACGCCGCUUAGUCCUGUUAGCCCUGCUAGUCCGCUUGGAAGCGGGACUGUGGAUGGAGCUGUUGGUUCUGUUAGUCCUGUUCGAGGUGAGGCUGGGCUUGGGUCUAUUUUUGGGAUUGCGUUGGAUGGGGGAAGGAGUUUGAGUCAGGGGUUUGGGUUUCGGUCGGCGAGUCCGGCUAGGAGAGUUGGGGGGAGGAUUGGACCGGUUGAGAUUGGGCCUGCGCCUAGUCGGGAGUAG